AUGCCGUUGUUCCCGCCCUUGUUUGACGACGCCACGUUCAGUCGGGUGCUCCUCGGCGGGGAGGCCUACCCGGGCCUAGAGGACAGCACGCACCUGCCGGGCGUGCGCGCGGCGCUCAUCCUGGCGUACGGCACCAUCAUCGCCCUGGGCGUGGUGGGCAACUCCACGGCGAUCCACGUGGUUUUCCGUUUCCGCAACUUCUUCAUCGCCAAUCUGGCUUUGGCCGACCUCCCGGUGGCGUCCCUGUGCCUGCCUUUCACGCUGGCGUACACCCUGCACGGCGAGUGGGCAUUCGGCCGGGCGUUGUGCUUCGCCGUGCCUCCCUGCGCUCAGGGCGCCGCCGUGCACGUGUCCACCAUCACGCGCAACGUCAUCGCGGUGGACCGCCUCCGAGUGCUCUUAAGCUUGAGGUCGCAAACAUUCUCCUUCAGGAUUUUCUGUGAAAAGAGUAGAAUUCAUGGUUCCGUCAAUCACAGCAAGCUGUCCGGGUCCUGAAGACGCAAAGCAGCCUAAGAGCAUCACACUGCCACGACCAUGUUUGGCUGUUGGUAGAAUGUUCUUUUUCUGAAAUGCAAUGCUCCAUUCACACACCUUCCAAAAAGAUCAACUUUCAUCUCGUCAGUCCAUAUAACCGUCUCCCAAAGGUCUUGGGAAUCAUUCAGAUGUCUUGUUACAAAACUAAGACGAGACUUGAUGUUCUUUUUGGUCAGCAGUGGUUUUUGCCUUGGAACUCUGCCGUGGAUGUCAUUUUCGCCCAGGCUCUUCCUUCUCGUUGUGUCAUGAACUCUGACCUUAACUGAGGCAAGGGAGGCCUGCAGUUCUUCAGAAGUUGUCCCGAGUUCCUUUGAGGCCUCCCGGAUGAGUCGUUGCUGUUCUCUCGGGGUCAUCCUGCAAAGGUUCACCGCUGUUCCAUAAUUUCUCUUAUUUGAGGACAAUGAUGCAUAAUGACGCUUUGCUGGAAUCCUAACGCUUUCGAAAUGGCUUUGUAACCCUUUCCAGACUAAUACUUGUCAAUGACUUUGCUUCUCGACUGUUCUCGAAUUUCUGUGGAUGGCGUCAUUUUGUCGCAGCUUUUUGAGAUCCUUUGUCCGACUUGAUUUUGUCGGGACAGAUUCUGUUUCGGUGAAUUCUUGCUCGAACAGGUCUGGAGGUAAUCAGGCUCGGAUGUGAGCAGUGAAAAUUAACCAAACAUUCAAAUC